AUGGAUGGAACAAUUAAACAACCCGAGGAAGAAUCGCCUGAUCUUGAGGACUGGUGGACCAACAACUCCUUGUUAGUCUCUUGGAUAAUGAACACCAUAGAACCAGCACUACGUUCAACCAUAUCCCACAUGGAGGUGGCACGAGAUUUGUGGGAGGAUAUCAAAGAGCGAUUUUCAGUGCCUAACGGACCUCGAAUACAGCAGUUGAAAGUUGAACUCAUUGAAUGCAAGCAAAAAGGGCUUGCUAUUGUGACAUACUUUGGAAGGCUGAAAAGGCUGUGGGAAGAACUUGGAAACUAUGAUCAAAUACCAGAAUGCAAGUGUGGGAAAUGCAUUUGCAAUCUUGGAGGAACACUAGCAAAGAAGCGUGAGGAGGAAAAGGUCCAUCAAUUUCUCAUGGGACUUGAUGAAGUUGCGUAUGGCAUUAACAAUGUCCAAACCAAGGAAGAACGAGGUGAGGUGAUGAGUUUUGCUAUUCAAGCAGUCUCUAAAUCUCGUAAUAAAAUUGAUGGGAAGGACAAAGCUAUGGUGUGUAGUCAUUAUGGCCGUCAGGACAUGACUCAGAUAGUUGCUUUCAAUUGGUUGAUUAUCCAGAUUGGUGCGGUGAUCGCCCUCGUGGGACUGGCUGAGGAACUGCAUAUUUCAACUUCAGGAACAAUUAUGAAUGAUGUUAAUUUAGAAGGUGAAAAAGUUGAUAUUAGUGGUCUAAAUAGCGAGCAGUGGCAAACUUUGAUGCAUCUCUUGCAUAAUGCAAAAAUAGGGGCCACUGAAUUAUUUAUGAAUUUAAUUAUAGACACAGGAGCAUCUCAUCACAUGACAGGAAGCCUGGAUUAUCUAUUUGAUGUGCGAGAUAUAGUGGAAUGUUCAAUGGGUCUUCCUGAUGGGAAUCACACCACAACUACCAAAGAAGGCACGAUGGUGCUAUGUGACACAUUAAAACUGACAAAUGUUUUUUAUGUGCCUAAUUUACACUGCAACUUGAUUUCAGUAUCACAGUUGAUUGAUGAAUCCAACUGUCCUAUUUGGUUCACUAAUGAGUUUUGUGUUAUUCAGGACCACACUUUGAGGAUGGUGAUUGGAGUGGGUGAAAGAAGAGAGGUGCAAGUAAAGGGUACAAACUCUCUCAAUUUAUGGCACAAGAGGCUAGGACAUCCAUCUUUUAAAGUUGUAGGUUUCGCCCCACAUGUUGGGAAGGGUAAAACAAGUGAUGAAACUUGUGAUAUUUGUCUUAGAGCAAAGCAAACAAGGGACGGUUUCCCUAUAAGUGAAAGUAAAGUAAUAAGAAAUUUCCAGUUGAUUCAUUGUGAUCUGUGGGGACCUUAUAAGACCACUGCAACAUGUGGGGUGCGAUAUUUUUUGACCAUUGUUGAUGAUCAUUCAAGAGCAGUGUGGAUUUAUUUGUUAAUUGAUAAGAAAGAGGUUUCAAUGAACUUGCACAAUUUUUUGCUAGGGAGAAUGCAUCUCACUGCUCGGUAUUUGAUUAAUCGAACCCCCUCAAUGUUACUACAAGGGAAGACGCCGUAUGAAAUAUUGCAUAGUAAAUCUCCUUCACUUGAUCACUUGCGUGUGUUUGGCUGUCUGUGCUAUGUGCACAAUCAAAACCAUAAAGGAGACAAAUUCGCUAGUCGUAGUAGAAAAUGUGUUUUCAUGGGGUAUCCUUAUGGUAAGAAAGGUUGGAGAGUCUAUGAUACUGAAGCAAAUAUGUUCUUGAUUUCACAAGAUGUUGCGAAGACCAGUUUCCGUGUCUUGGUUCUGUUGACCAGCAAAGUGCACCUUUGCACAAUGAUGUUCCUCCUAAUUCGACUUUGA